AUGCAGAAAGCAGUAAUCCCGCUGUGCUACGCUUGGUUCUUCAGGGGCCGCGAGGACUAUGCUGAGCACGCCACCAAACUGCUGCGCACCUGGUUUCUGGACCCUGCAAAGAGGAUGAAUCCUCAUUUGACCUAUGCCCAAGGUGUCCCCGGACAGUGUGACGGCCGCUGCUACGGCAUCGUGGAUUCCGCUAGGCUGCCAGAGCUGGUGGAUGCAGUGGGGCUGCUGAUAGGCAGCACACGCUGGAGCUCAGAUGACCAUGCAGGACUCGUCCACUGGUUCAAUGAAUUCUUGGAGUGGCUGCAAACUAGCAAAAACGGCCGAGAAGAAGAGAAUACCAAGAACAACCACGCAACCCAAUACGAUGUGCAGGUGGUGUCUUACGCCCUAUUUGUGGACAAGCCAGAGAUCGCGCGGCAAGUGCUGCAGCGGGUGCCCAAGCGCCGGAUCGACAGCCAGAUCCGGCCGGAUGGUUCGCAACCACAGGAGAUCAGUAGAGAGAACAGCUGGGACUACAGCUGCUACAAUCUGAAGCAUCUUGCACAACUCGCCCACCUGGGACAGCAUGUGGACGUCAAUUUGUGGGCAUAUGAAAAGGACGGGCGGAGCAUCAAGCAGGCCAUCAACUAUCUCUUGCCGUAUGCCUCCGGUGAAGGCACCUGGCCGCAUAAACAGCUGGCUGCAUUGGAAGGCUUCCGCUUGCGCGACGCACUGGUGGCAGCUCCCGUGGAGUUUGGCUGGAGCCCAUUAGCUUUUAAAUUCUUGCAGAAGUCAGCAGUGGAGAGGUUGCUAUAUCCCAAGGGCUAUGGAGAACAAGCGGAUUGA